UAUUUAUCAUUUGCCGCUAUUCACAGUCACGCGAGCAGACUUGUGCGAAACAAAAUGAUAUCAAUUGGACAAUUUGUUUUUGCAAUUAUUAUUGCAGUGUUAAGUUUUGUAGCAUUUUAUGCUCAAAAAUUAUACCGUGCGAGGAAACUUCUAACAAAAUGGUUACCACAAGGCCCUGGUUAUCCUAUUAUAGGGUCUGUAAUGGAAUUUGGUCCCAGUACAGAGAUAUUAAAUAAUUUUACACGUCUCACUAACAACCCAAAAAAAUCUGUGUAUUUGGAGGCUUUCCACGAAUGGCUAAUCGUGACUAGAGAUUAUGAUUUGUUGGAGUUCAUAAUGUCCUCUCAUGAGCAUAUAACAAAAGGUUCUGAUUAUGAUCAUCUGGUUCCCUGGCUUGGCAAUGGGCUGUUGCUUACUGAUGGAAAAAAAUGGAGAAGCCAUAGACGAAUUAUCACACCAACGUUUCAUUUUUCAAUUUUAGAACAGUUUGUAGAAAUAUUUAAUUCGAACGAAGAUAUUUUUAUAGAAAGACUAAAAAAAGAGGCUGUAGGGAAAAAGGGAAUUGAGAUAUAUUCUUUAAUAUUAGACUGCGCACUUGACAUUAUUUGUGAAACUGCUAUGGGUGUUAAGAUGGGGGCACAACAGAAAAAUAACCAAGAAUACACUGAGGCAGUACGUGGUAUGUGUGAAAUAUUUACCACCCGAAAUGCAUCACUGUGGCAAGGGUUCGAGUUUCUCUUCAGGUUUUCAAAGGAUUACAAGCGACAACAAAAGUGCCUAAAAGUUCUUCAUGAUUUCACAAAUAAUGUUAUCGAAAGGCGAAAACAGGAACUUGAAAAAAAACAUUCCGAAACUACCGAAGAGGCUACGGAUGAAUUAGGAAGAAAGCGAAGGAAGGCAUUUUUAGAUUUACUUUUAGAAUCUAAAGACGAAAAUGGUCAGCCAUUCAGUCAAGAAGAUAUAAGAGAGGAAGUAGAUACUUUUAUGUUUGCGGGCCACGAUACUACUUCGUCAGCAAUAGCAUCUGGAUUAAUGAUUCUAUCAAAUCGUCCAGACAUACAGAAUACAAUCCGCGAUGAGCUAAAGGCAAUAUUUGGGAAAAAUAAAGAUAGACCAAUGACUUAUCAAGACAUCCAUGAUAUGUCAUACUUAGAAUUGGUAGCAAAGGAAAUAUUAAGGACGUGCCCUCCAGCACCAAUUAUUUCACGAAAACUUCAAAAAGACGCAGAAUUUAAAGGCAACAUAAUACCCAAAGAUACAACCAUAUCUAUGAUGAUUUAUGGAAUAAAUCACGAUCCCGACUUCCACGAGGAUCCAGAAAGAUUUAACCCCGAUCGGUUUUUAGAGCAGAAUAAACGAAAGCCUUAUUCGUUCGUUCCUUUCAGUGCGGGACCGAGAAAUUGUAUAGGUCAGAAAUAUGCUAUGUUGGAACUGAAAAGUAUGCUAGCAAAGAUGAUUAUGAAUUUUGAAAUUUUACCAUCAGAGAUACCUCAUAAACCAGAAUUUGCAAUCGAAGUUGUUUAUAAAUCAAAAAAUGGUGUUUAUAUAAAACUACAGCCAAUUGAAUGGAUUUACUUUACUAGGAUCGCGUUCAUAGAAAUUGCAAUACAGUUUUUUUAUUUAUUAACCAAUAUGAUAAUUGUCAUCCAGAUUAUUAUUGGUAUUAUAACGGUAGCUUUAAGUUAUAUGUUGUACCAAGCAAGAAAAGUAUACAAAGCGAGAAAACUAUUGACAAAUUGGAUACCACAAGUGCCUGGUUCUCUGUAUUUUGGCGCAAAGACUGAGUUUGGGCCUACUACAGAGAGAUUAAAGGAUUUUGACCGAUUGUUAAAUAAUCCGGAGAAAUCAGUAUAUUUAGAAUUUCUAAACAAUUGGGUUAUCUUAACUAGAAAUUAUGACUUGAUGGAGUUUAUACUUAGCUCAAACGAAUUUAUAACCAAGGGAAAAAACUAUAAGAAUAUAGUAGCCUGGCUUGGUUAUGCAAUAUUAAUUGCUAAUGGAAAGAAAUGGAAAACACGUAGACGUAUUAUUACUCCAACCUUUCAUUUUUCAAUCCUGGAACAAUUUGUGGAUGUAUUCAAUUCAAACGAGGAUAUAAUGAUUGAAAAACUUAGACGUGAAGCAGUUGGAAAAAAAGGAGUUGAGAUAUACUCAUAUGUAACAAAUUGCGCCCUUGAUAUUAUUUGUGAAACUGCUAUGGGAGUGAAGAUGGACUCACAACUAAAUAAAAAUAAGGAAUACACUGAUGCCGUCAAAGAAAUGUGUGAACUUGUAGCUCUCAGAACUAUAUCAUUUUGGAAGAACUGGGACUGGCUCUUCUACUUCUCAUCUGAUUAUAAAAGGCAACAAAAAAUUUUAAAGAUACUUCAUGGAUUUACAAAUUCUGUUAUCGAAAAGCGAAAGAAAGAACUUGAAAGUAAGAAAAGUAUUAAAAGAGAAGAAGUGGAUAGUUUUGGCCGAAAACGUAAGAAAGCACUUUUGGAUCUGUUAUUAGAAUCAACUGAUAAUGGUCUUACUGAAGAUGAUAUUAGAGAAGAAGUGGAUACUUUUAUGUUUGCGGGUCAUGAUACUACUUCUUCAGCUGUUACAUCAGGAUUAUUACUUUUAUCAAAACGACCAGACAUUCAGAAAUUAGUUCGUGAUGAGUUAAAGGGAAUCUUUGGAAAAGAUCGAGAUAGGCCUUUAACAUAUAAAGAUUUACAAAACAUGUCCUAUUUAGAGUUAGUUGCUAAAGAAAUCUUAAGAGUAAAUUCUCCAGUUCCGUUCAUUGCAAGGCGACUUACCAAAGAUGUUAUAUAUAAAGACCAUAUAAUACCAAGAGAUACUGUGAUAACAAUGUAUUUAUAUGGAAUGAAUCGAGAUCCUGAUUAUCACAAAGAUCCUGAAAAAUUUGACCCCGAUCGAUUUUUAAGCACUGAUAAAAAGGCCUAUUCAUUUGUUCCAUUCAGUGCCGGUCCCAGAAAUUGUAUAGGACAAAAAUAUGCUAUGUUGGAACUUAAAAGCAUGUUGGCAAAAAUAUUAAUGAAUUUUGAAGUCCUUCCAUCAGAAAUCCCGCACAAUCCCGAAUUUGCUGUGGAAAUUGUACUAAAAUCUAAAAAUGGAGUUUACAUCAAACUAAAAGAAGUAGACUGAAACUAAUUAUAGUCGAAUAUAAUUAAUUUAUAUUUUAUUUUAUACCGCAAUAGAUAAAAAUUAAAUUAGGAAAAAUAUACUUACAAAAC